UUGUUUCGUUCGUUCGUUUCCUUUAACACAACAAAAACUGAACAGCUUCGUCAAUUAUCAAAGAUUUUGUUGCACUUUAGUUCAUGUCUACUUCUAAAUAGCUGUAUCUCUCAGGAAUAAUAAGUAAAAUUGUAGUACGGUAUUUAACUUACUUGAUAUUUGUUUAGUUCGGCAUGUGUUUGUGUUCCUGAGUACAAUAGGCCUAGUAGCUUCUCUGACCAGGCCUGGACAAGGCCUACUUGAAGUGUACCACUACCACAACGAGGAAGAGAAAAAUAUUGACACCAUGGAGGAAGAGUUUGAGAUUGAGAAAAUUCUUGACAUGAGGGUAAAAGAUGGAAAAACUUAUUAUCUUUGCAAGUGGAAGGGAUAUCCAGAUGAAGAUAGUACAUUUGAGUCAGAGGAAGAUUUACUCUGCCUUGACCUCAUUGAAGAAUUUCUUAAAUCAAGAGAAAAGAGAGAGGUGGUGGAACGAAAAAAUCAUUUAAACACUUGUAAAGAGGCUGAAAAAGAAGAAAACCAAAACGUCAAAGAAAGUAAGAAUGAGGUGCAGAUCCAAGAGAAAAAUAAAGCUAUUGCUGAGGAAAUUGAUGCUAUUUUUGACUACGAAGAUGAGGAGCAGCCAGACCAGGCCGUAGUAUCAGAACCAAAAGAAGAAAUAGGAUCUGUGGAGCCUGCCAACGACGAGGUCAUAGGAAGAUACGCCUCAAUCUCCACUUCAAAGUUUAAAGAUCACCCAUUGAAACCAGAAAUUUUAAGAGCAAUUGUUGACUGUGGUUUUGAGUGGCUGUCCGAAGUGCAACACGAAUGUAUACCUCCAGCAUUGCUUGGAAUGGACAUUUUAUGUCAGGCUGAGUCUGGAGGUAAAACGACUGCUUUUGUGUUGGCAACACUUCAAAAGCUCGAGAACACAUCCGACAACCAUGUCUACGUCCUGGUAAUGUGUCACAGCAAAGAACUGGUAUUCCAGAUCAGCAAAGAGUACGAGCGCUUCUCAAAAUACAUGCCUCAGAUUAAGGUGGGAGGUUUUUCUGGUGAUCAGCCUAUUGAAAAGGACGAGGAAGUUUUGAAAAACAACUGUCCGCAUAUUGUGGUGGGAACUCCUGGACGUAUCCUGGCUUUGGUGCGCAGCAAUACCUUGAACCUGAAACAUGUGGGAUGCUUUGUUCUUGAUGAGUGUGACAAAAUAUUGGAAGUAUUAGACAUGAGGAGAGACGUCCAAGAAAUAUUCAGAGAAACUCCUCAAAGCAAGCAAGUGAUGAUGUUUAGUGCAAAACUCAAAGAGGAGAUCAGGCCUGUCUGCAAAGAAUUUAUGCAAGAUGUAAUCGCCGUAUCAUUUGUUAGUAAUAAAAACGAGAUGGACAUCUUAAAAAGUUUUGGUAUAGACAUACCUGAAUUACCUGAACAUUGACCCCUCAUCCUACAGAAAUGCGGUAAAAGACAAUGACUUAAGAGGA